CAAACCCCUCUCCGAACCCAGGACUACUCCCUCGGCGGCGGCGGCGGCGGCGGCGGCGCGUUGAGAUGGCUGACGGCACGGAGAGCGAGCAGGCCGCGGUCGUGGGAGACGGUAACCAUCCUCAGCUGUCUAAGAGCGCGAAGAAGAAGCUGCUGAAGCAGGAGCGGCAGGCGGCGCGGAAGGCCGAGCGGAAGGCGGGGGAGAAGGAGCGCCGGCGCGCCGACAUAGAGCGGCGGAGGCGCGAGUGGGAGGAGUCUCUGGCCGCGGCGCCGUCGCAGGAGGCGCGCGAAGCGAUGCUGGCGGCGCGCAGGGAGACGCGGCUCGAGCGGGUGGGAAAGCGCGUGGAGGAGCGGGGAGCGCGCGCCGAGAGGCUCCGGCGCGCCGCCGAGGGUGGGCAGAAGGUGGUGCUCGACCUCGAGUUCGCCGACCUCAUGCGGCCCAACGAGAUUCACAGCCUCACGCAGCAGAUUAUGUACUGCUAUGCAGUGAACGGAAGAUCAGCAACUCCGGCUCAUCUAUGGUUGACAGGUUGCAGCGGAGAAAUGGGGACCCAGGUUCAAAGGAUACCUGGCUUUGAUAAGUGGAUCAUAGAAAAAGAGGCCAAGUCUUACCUUGAAGCAUUUGCAGACUGUAAAGAAAAUCUUGUGUAUCUUACAGCGGAUGCUGAGACUGUCCUUGAUGAACUAGACAUGUCAAAAAUAUAUAUCAUUGGUGGUCUAGUGGAUCGGAACAGAUGGAAAGGCAUAACACAGAAAAAGGCAGUUGAUCAGGGCAUUCAGUCUGCCAAACUCCCCAUUGGAAGUUAUUUAAAGAUGUCAAGUUCUCAGGUUCUUACAGUCAACCAAGUGUUUGAGAUAAUGCAAAAGUUUGUGGAAACAAAGGACUGGAAGACGGCAUUCUUUCAUGUGAUCCCACCGAGGAAACGAGGAGAAGCUGGAGCAGCAAAUGAUGAUGAUGCACCUGAAGGGGCUGCAAACGGAGAUCUUGACAAGUGUUUAGAAGAGGAGGUUGAUGAUGAUGACGAUGAUGGUGAUGGGGAUGAAGAAGCCGAUGUUGCUAACAAAAGACAUUGUGUUAGAAGUGAAAAUGGGAAAUCUUAGAAUCACUCUUUUGGUGCAGUGGUGGAAUCGACUCCUGGAUAGGUUAUUAUCUCCGGGGAAGAGCAGAGGGAAAGAACAAUCUACUCUGCCCACGACUGAAAUAUGAGUCAUCUCCAAGUGUAUCAUUACUAUUAACUUUGCGGAACUGCUUUGUUUACCUAGGUUUACUUGUUUGGAGUACUCUGAGGUGUCGUAGUGUUUUUGGUUUUGUUAUAUCUGAACUACACCCUGUACUUUGGUACGGCCGGAGGAAGCAACGCGCUAUAGUAUAACAGCACAGAUAAAUAGAGUGCUUCUGUUCAUAUC